CAGAACCAAGGGGGUACAACUUACGAGGGAAGUGUGAAAAUUGAUGCAUGCUUGCGCCUCAUAUUGAAUCCAAACGAAUCGGCAUUGAAUUCAUCAUUUCAACUUCACCGAAUCAAAUUUGCAAAAUCAACACACGAAUACGCACCAACAUACAAAUCUUCUUCGUUCGUGAAUUCGCCCAUUGGAUUCAAUUACGUCUAAGAAUGGUGCAGAUAUCUGAAAUAAAGGAUUAGAAGACUCUUACCGAAUCGAAGUUGAGGAAUUUUCCAACGCGGUGGCUCGUCGGUAACAGAUUCACAGGUUUACACUUGGUCAGAUUUUGGAGUUGCUGAGUUGCUUCGAAUCCGGGUGGAAUUGGGAUUGAGUUAUUUUUACAGAGUUAUUCUAACUCAGAUUCGCGGCAUCGCUCAUCCACCAACACUCCUUCAGUGAUGAAAUCGACUCUCCCAAACCCUAAUUGUUGUUUUUAAAUGUCAUUGCACUUUCAACAUAAGCAUAUUUUGGGUGAAGAAUUAUCAACCUGAAUCGUAAAUGGGGAACGAGGACGGAGGUGACAAAACAAGGAGAGUGGUUUUUGUGACUGUAGGAACGACUUCUUUUGAUGCUCUUGUGAGAGCUAUGGAUUCAGAACAUGUUAAGAAAGAAUUGCUUGCAAAAGGUUAUACCAAUCUUCUCAUCCAAAUGGGACGUGGAUCCUUUCUUCCUACCAAGUCUGAAAGAGAAGGUUCAUUGGCUGUAGACUUCUUCACUUUUUCUUCCAGUAUUGCAGACCAUCUCAGAUCUGCUUCUCUUGUAAUUAGCCAUGCAGGGUCAGGCAGCAUAUUUGAGACACUGCGGCUACGCAAACAGUUAAUUGUGGUUGUAAACGAAGAUUUAAUGGAUAAUCAUCAAAGUGAGCUUGCAGAUGAACUUGCCAACAGAAAACAUUUGUAUUGUGCUAGUCCUCAUACACUCCAUCAAACUAUAUCAGAUAUGGAUUUAAAUUCUCUCCUUCCUUAUACGCCAGGUGAUGCUACACCAGUGGCCAAUCAUAUAAACAGAUUCCUUGGUUUUCCUGAUGAUUGAUCUUAAGGCUUUCCUUAUCUUCUGGCCAAUCAUACAAUUUUAAGUAUAUCUGGUAAAAAAAUUAAUUUGAUGAGUAUGAAUCCAAUUUGGUAUUACAAAGAUUAUCCUCAGGUGUAGGAUUGAAAAUAAGUUAGUCGAACAGGUAACUUAUAGAUUGGUUUGGUUUAAUCAGCAGAUUCAGAGGUCGACCUUAUAAAUUGUUUUAGUUUGGAUCAACAGGUUCAGGGAUCGACCAAGAUCCAUGAACACCCCUAAUCCUCCCAUAUUUUUCAUCACUAUGAUAAUAAAUAAUUAUAAGUUGUUUCUAUAUUUAAGGUGUAACCCACCAUUCCUAUUAUUGUGUACAUGAGCUGUUAUAGAUUUGAAUCAUUCCUGCCUUUAUGUUAGGAAUCAGCAUAAGCGCUCCCUUGAGACUAGGAAUUAGUUAUACAAAACAUCUAUCAUUUGUAUCUAUAAAUAGCCAGCAUUUAUGGCUAGCAUAAUAUAUUGAAAUAUCAUUCUCUCCA